CCCGCCUUUUCGGGUCAUUGAGAUUCUCAUCAACGCCCUCUCCAUCAUCACCCUGCCGCUCCGAGGCCGCGUCGAUGGCGAUAGAGCCCCCAAUCGAUUGAUUACUUCGACGCACAUGAGUUGACUCGAGGUGACCACUGUCGCUGGCUCCGAGUGGGGUUUCCGACCCCUACCUCGCGACCGACCGCGAAUUCUUUUGCCCGCAUCAACUACACUCGUCUCCCGCGAUCCCGCGAUCAUAGCGGCUACACCGCACAAUGGAGUCGCUCCUGUCAGUCGCUUUCGACAACCUCUCGUCGUUUGACGGCAGCAAGAUCAAAAAGGGCCUGAAACAGGUCGAAGGGCUGCUCGCGCAGAUCUGCCUCUCGGGGCCAAGCAGCCCGAGGAAACCAUCCGCCGCCCGCGGCCGAGACCAGGAACAGGCAUCCCGCAAGGGGCUCUCCGACCUUUCCGGCGACCCGGCCUUUUGCGAGUUCUUCAAGCUCCAGGAGGGAUUCGAGUGGAACAUUGCCCAGCGCCUGCUCACGACCCUCGACUGGCUGGUCGUCCGCGGCGGCGACGGCCAGUACGACCUCCUCAUUGUCAACGCGCUCGACCUCAUCCAGGGAGUGCUCCUCCUCCACCCGCCGAGCAAGGUACUCUUUGCGCGGAGCGUGCACAUGAACCUUCUUCUCGACCUGCUCGAGCCGAUCAACUGCCCGGCAAUCCAGUCCGCCGCCAUCAUCACGCUGGUCGUCGCCCUCCUCGACAUGCCGCAGAACAUGCGCGUCUUCGAGCAGCUCGACGGCCUGCUCACCAUCACCUCGCUCUUCAAGAGCCGCGAGACGGGCCGCGAGGUCAAGUUCCGCCUGACCGAGUUCCUCUACUUCUACCUCACCCCCGAGGCACCCUCGAUCCCGAGGGCCGAGGCGAGGAUGAGCGCCGGCGCGCCGGGCCUGCUGCAGCCGAGCCCUAGUAAGCUGGCCAAGGUCUUUGGCGGCAAUAGGAACGGGGAGGCCAGGGCGGACAGGCCCGGGCAGGGACGGGGGAAGGGGGGCCAGGAGAGCGACGCGACGCUGUCGGUCGAGGAGAAGAAGCGGUUGGUCGAUCGCUACCUGCCCGGUGUGGUCGAUGAAUUGUUGAAGGAUCUGGACACGUAUAAACCGUUUGGGGGAGUGCUGAGCUGACCGGCUUGGUCCGUUUGUUUCUCUCACUCCCUCCCUCUCUCCCUCCCUCUCUCUUCUCUUCUUCCUCCCUUUCGUUCUUCCAUCUGAGGCCGGCCUUGCUGUCCCUUCCCCUUGCUUUUUCCGUCAUCCUUCCAUUUC